GGUAUCAUCUUCUGCUUGUGGUUGAAUUUGCAUUGCCUAGAGAAAAUAUUUUUGUUAAUUUAGAUUGCUAAUCACAUUAGCUGUACUUCAAUGCACAGUAAGUGUACAUCUGUUAAUAAAAGAAAAUGACGGGAGUAAGAUCGAAAAAUGUCUCAAAAGGUGGUUCAAAAAAUGGUUACACAUCACAAUGUAUCUCUGAUACAGGAGAUCAGGAGAAUAUCUCUGUUGAAGAAUUCCGUGCAAAUGUUGAGAUGAUGAACCGCCUUGUGACAGAAAGUGUUAAAGAUAUGGAGAAGGGAGUAAAAGGCAAAACAAAGAAAACCACUCCAUCUGACAGUAUCAUUGAUGGCAACUUUCUCAGUGCUGUGUUUGCUGUAGUGUUUUUAAUGAUAAUAUGUGUUAGUAUUUAUGCCUUUUAUAAUUUGUUUGUAGCAAUAUUAAAGAAAUUUCCUUCUAAGCAUACUGAGUUAUAAUUGUUAUAUUCAAAUUCAAUACUUGAAGAAUAUACUUACUGUGCCAUAUCUUCCUAUAAAUACUUUAUACAUUUGCUAAUUAAGAAGCUUUUUUGUACUUGAUAAUCUGUUAAUACUUUAGAAGGAAAGCUUUUAAAAUGAGUAGGUGUUUAGUGAAAAUAUAAACUGUACAAUACUAAUCCAAUAGAUUUAAUGAUUUAUAUUGAGUUUUACUUCCUUUGUAAAUCUACCAAAAAGCAAAGAGCCACUCUAAUCAUGACAAUAAUUAAUUAUAUUAGGACCACAUGUCAAUCUCAUACUUACGACAAGUAAGUUUCAAAGAGUAUAUCUUUAGAAAGUAAAGCAAUAAAAUAUAAUAUAAAUAUUAUCUCAUGAAUGAAUUUUUGAACGACCUUCAACUUUCUCACUUACAUAAAUAUUGUAAUACAUUGUCAUCUACUGGGCUGAGUAGUACAGUCCAGGAGCUGAAGCCUAUUUGCAUCACAUGAGUACAGAACUUAGUAUUUGUGAAAUCCAUAGAGAAUGAGUUGUGCUAGUUUUUGUGAAAGUCAAAAUGAGAGGAUAAUGAAAAGGUUCAAAAUAACAAAACAUAAUUUUUUAUCAAGACACUAUAAAUAUAUGGUCUAGCUACAUCAUUUUUUUAGGUAGUCACAUACAUAAUAUUUAUUUCUCCAUCAGUAAAUGAGGUAAAGAAAUUUAAAGUCACCAUUUUUAGCGAAACGGUUGGUCUUCAUAUGUUUGGCUCAUAAUUAUUCAUAUCUGUGAUGGUUGAUUUUAAGUGAGUACAACUAAAAAAAACAUGGUCUAAAAAACACCACCCAUUUUACAUUUUUAACCCUUUUGAUAUACCCUAAUUUUAUUUCCCACCAAAACAAGCGUGACUGAUAAUUAAUGUUUUUGUCAGGAAACAUUCCUCUGUCUAUUAUAUAAAAACUAGGUUGUCCAAUAAUAAAUAUGGGAUCUCAGCUCCUAAAUUACUCUAUGAGGUUUGUAAACCAGUGUUAAACUUUCCAAAUGUUAUAGAAUGCUGGCAGUUUGAUCUUAACUAGACCUUAGUCUUGAGCUACCAUAUAAAAUUCUAAUAUACCAAAAUUUACAUAAUUAAAGUAAUUUAGACCUGAACUAUGAAAUCAACUGAAUAAACAAAAUUGCAUUGUCAAGCAAAUACAUACAAGUAAAAAAUUUGAAAAUCACCAAAAUACUAGAAAAUGUUGAUAGUGGACUAAUUUAAUAUAAUUUAAAAAAUGAGAAAUAUGUUAUUGGUUUAAUUAGUUUGAACCUUUUAAACAUAUUCUUUGAGGAAAUUUCCAAAGUGAACCUUUUAAGAUGCAUGGCUUCACUACCAGGCCUUAUGGAUUUUUUAUUCUUCUUGUCAAAUGUGAUGAAAGUCUGAAAUAUAUGUUUGAAAAUCCAAAGUUGUGUGAUAUAUUACGUUAAAACUAUUUAUAUGUACCAACAGAUGGUGGUUUUAGCUUCUUUUAGAAUGUAUACUUUAUUCUAAUGAGUUAGCAAUUAUGAAUUGUGUAAUCCAUUUUAAAUUAAAUCUUCAAACUUGUUAUUUUACUUUGUAGAAACCUUUUAAAAGAAACUAUGUGUACUAGGUCUCUCCUUGUAAAUGAAAUAUUGUUUGUAGUCUAAUGAGAGAUGAACCAAUAAGUUUGGGCAAUAGAUAAUUUUAAUUACAGUAAGAGAUUAGUAGCCUUGCUUUUACAAACAAAUAUAUGUUUUUGUCAAUACAGUACUAGUUUGGGGGGGAAGGGUUUGGCAUUGUAGCAUGCCAUUAUAUAUCAAGUGAAACAAACAGGGACUUUAAUUAUUUACCCCAGUAAUAUGUAAGCUGUCAUUCACCACAGGUAUUCCUAAGAUACAGGGUUUAUGACAUACUCCCUCUAUACAAAAAUAGUCAAAAAGGACCAAUUGCGUUUCUGCUAUUAAACCUGACUAAUAUAGUACUUCCCAUUAAGAAUCAUGUUCAAAGUAUCUCUGAAAUGUGUAAAACCCUUUCAUGAUAAGAGAUUGAAUUAAGCUCAAUGACCAUAACAAACAUACAAGCCUAGUGAACUGGUGUUCAUUUAAAUUUUUAUUAGUCUGUAAUUUAAGCUCAGAUGCAGUAAUAUGUAACUUUAGGGUCAAUCCAUUGUCAUUUUAAUUCACAUAAAACUUUAAAUAUAAAACUCAGACAAUGUCUCAGUGGUUAAUUGCAGGGCUGUGAUUCCUGAUUUGCAAUUUGCAUGCCUUCCUAUAGCAUCAGUUGCAGUAUCUGUCACCAAUAAUCGGUGCUCAAUAACCUAGUAUACUCUCAUUUGUUCUAUAAUUGGAUAUCAAGUACCCUUUUUGCUAUUGCACCUGUUUUAACCAUCUAUAUGGGAUUAUUACAAUGAUUAAAUUAAACAUUCUUCCAUAAACACUAAAAAACUACCUCCAAAGAAGUUUCACUACAUACUCUAAAAUCUAGAACAUUUUAAUGGUGCUAUGCGUAGUACAAUAUGCAUCAAGCUGAUGUUAUUAUAAUGGAGAUUGUAUUGAUACACUAAACUGAUGUACAAACCGCAGUGGCUCGUUAUACUUUUGCUGGCACAGUUAUUGACAAUGGUCUGAUGCCACAUCUACAGGUCGGCAUCUAGUGAAACUAGGCUUUAAUUGUGACAAUAUUUUUAAAACUUGUUAAUGUUAGUUUUAAAUUAAUGUUCUAUGAGAUCAAGAUCAGACAUUUUUAAUUUGAAAAAAUAUGUUACCAUUAAAGUAAUGUUACUAUUAUUUAUAACUAA